CUAAAUGUUUAGUGGCUACUUUGAGCAGAUAUCCAUCCAACUACUGUUUACCACAUCCAAUUCCUCACUACCCAUCAUUUGUCACAACCACCAUUCCCUCUUCCUUCCUCACUUCAUCUCUACAACUUUCUUACUUUUUUUGAUACGCGAUCUGCUUCCAUCGUACUACCUGGGGAUAUAAGUGCACACCAGUAUGCAUUGGUGGAUUCUGUCAAUCGACGUUUUUCGAUUUGUUAUCUCCUUGAAUUUGUAUUGCAGGGUUAUUCUAUAACUUGUUAUUCAUUCACUUGAGCUAAAAAACAAUCCCACACACUAAUUGUUAGCUUAUCUAUCCAUGAUGGGAUCAAAUCACUUCCCUUUGUCUUCUUGUUUUUUCUACAUUCUAUAAGAUUUGCUCUGGAAAACUACUUGUGGUUUAUUUCAAUCUUCAUCCGUAGUGUUAGCUGUUUAAGUACUUCAUCUUCCUGUUUCUGUUAGAUUCUGUUUGAGUUUGGGUAGUUGAUCAAUUAGAAUUUCUAGCCCACCUUCAACUUUGUUUCCAUUUUAGUCGCCUCCUUUCGUGUUGUUAGCUGUUUGUUCGUUCAUCUGCGUUUAUAAUCUCUUUGUGAAAUACAUCAAGAGUCGAAAGUAGUUAUGGUGUGCCAAGCAGCGAGCCAGACGAGAUUCAGGGCACUUAAACAUGAGAGUGGAAUUUCUGGGAGAACAACCAUUAUAGUUAGAGUAAUAGCAUGCUUUCAACCUUUGCAGAAUUGCCAGGCUGAAUAUUUUCGUCACUUGCUGAAACCUGUCACGUAGACCUGUUCCCGUUUUCCAUUUGUCAAAAAUCGAUCUAGCAAAUACUCCAUAGUUUUGUUUUUAUUCUUUUGUUUUGCAUAUUGGAUAGCCACUUGCCGGACUAGAGUACAAGUACGUUUUUCUGGGGAGUAGCUUAUUUGGCCAGAUGGCCACAGCCAAAGAGUCUCAGGCGCAUCAAAAGUUCACUGCUCGGAAUUCAUCAUAUACGGAUUAUAUGGGAAUGUACUACUGCCAGAGAACUACUGCCAAUGAUGCCUUUAUAGAACAGUAUGCUUCUGAUUCACCUAGCUUGAACGCAGGCCAACAAGGUGCAGUCGUCGGGUUCCGGCCACCUCACUGCAAUAUACGCUAUGCUACUGGUGACCCUUAUCGGAAAGGCUCACAUUGUACCAUGCCCUGUUGCCCUGGGGUCGUAGAUAGGAAGCCAGUUGGUGCUCCUCAGAGGAGGUUCCUUAUCUUUGAUCAGUCUAAAAAUCACACCAGACUGUUCUUCAGUCCUUCAUUUUCUACCCUCAACCGGAUGUUUUUGUCCAAGACUCCCGCCAGCGCUAAUGGCUCGUUUGCAAAAGUAGACGCUCAUGUCAACCACUGCAUCUCAAAAAAACCCGUGGUCGAAGAAAAAUGGGAUGAAAACCAUCCCUCCUACGGGAAGGGUGAGAUGGAUGAAGAUACUGAUGAGAUCAACGCUCUGCUCUACUCUGACAGUGAUGAGGACGAUGAAGUGACUAGCACGGGGCACUCCCUGCCACUCAGCCUCGACGAACUAACAGAAGAAGUAGCGCGAGCUGAUCACAAGUCUUCGAAAAGGAAAAGGCUGCUCGAUAUAAGGGACGAGAAAUCAUCAUUUGAGACUAGCAGGAGGCGGCUGCCACACAGUUACGAGGGAGAUGAAAUGGGGUCGAGGUACUCCGGGGAUGAUGACCGCCGCAAGAAGGUUAAAAUCCGCGAGGCGCUGAAGUUGCUCGAGAGCAUCAUCCCAGGAUUGGACGAGAGCGAUCCGCUGUCCAUAAUCGACGGGGCAGUGGCGUACCUGAAAGCUAUGAAAUCGGAGGCCGAGUCCCUCCGGAGACGGAAGGGGGCCACGUGGACCCCCUGAGUUGCAUCAUUAGGGGAGCGUGUUUGGUUAAUGAGGUGGGUUUUGCUUUUGGAUGUUGCUUUUAGGUGUAAUAGUGCAGCCAGUAUGAAGAUUGUGGGGCAAUAAAGAAGGGGUUAAGUCGAUAAAAGCAACCAUCUUUACUUGAUUAGUCUUGAGGUGGAGGGAAGAAUUGUUGACUUUGAAAUGAUUAAAAUUUGAUUAUAAAGUAAAAAGCAGAUAGAAGAAAGCAUGGUGGUGUGAAGGAGGCCCCCCUUUUUAAGUCCGAAAAACGCCAUGGAUGGUGAGCAUGCGUGUUUGGUGAUAGAGGGACCCGCCCACCAUUUCGCCUCUUUCUUGGUUUUUAUUAUGCUCAUCUUGAAAAUCUGUGCGGAGGGACCCUCGCAGGGCUUCAUCGAUUUCGAUCCAUCAUCAUCAAAUCUCAUUGUUUGUUUCCAGUUGUCUUUUUUUAUUGGUUUUAAAUAUUUGUGUCUCUGUUCGUGAGGCUGUAAUAAAUAUCUACUGUUGUAGUAUAAUAUGGUCAUGUGUCUGGGAUUUGCUGUUA